AUUAUCCAUGCUCUGGCGUAUUACCCACCGUGAAUUCCACUUUCCUUGGUCCCAUCUUGUGGGAGGACACGCUUCCCAUAUCAGAUUUGGACACCAUCAAUUUAGAGGAAUUCAGUCCCGAACUUUUAGAGCGUUCCGCUUCAGUCGCUGGGACUGUUGGGAACAACGAAGCAUUUGGAAAAGUUCUGGACCUCGAUCCUCUCACUCAACCACGAGUUAAUCUAACGUGGACUGGAACUCCUCCUAACUCAACACCCACGACAAACGAUGUUGCCGCCGAGAAUGGUCCGUUACCCACCAGGAAGAAAUCAAGUGUUCCGGUGGACCAGAGAAAUGAGAAGUAUUGGAGUCGUCGGAUGAAAAACAACGCAUCAGCCAAACGCUCACGCGACGCCAGACGAAUGUUGGAGAAUCAGGUCCAUAUGAAAGCAACGGCCCUGGAACGUGAAAAUGAACAGUUGAGACUCCAGAUGACGUUGUUGGUUGAGGAGAAUAAGAAGCUGCGUGACCUACUGAACCAGGCGAAUAUUCAUUUGCCUCCCUCGUCCGUUAUUUAUCCUCCUGUACCUGCCUCCACUGUCGCACGUGAAAAUGUAUCUUCUUAUUCACCUAUCCUUCCCGAACGUCCCGUCUUCGUUCCUUCUGUAUCCUUGCAGGACCCAACAUCUUGCCCAUCUCCAUCAUUUUGCUGGAACCAUGUGCGUAGUGAUUGCUGCUAGCGAUAGCCUGGUGCUUCAUUCAGCUGUAUCCUUGCAGGACCCAACAUCUUGCCCAUCUCCAUCAUUUUGCUGGAACCAUGUGCGUAGUGAUUGCUGCUAGCGAUAGCCUGGUGCGUUCAUUCAGCCUGUUCGUGUGUUUGUGUGUGCUGCCUUACAGAUGAUCUACGUACCUGCAAAAUCAGUGAUAAUUUUCCGCCCGUUCCCCGUGAUGAUCCAUUUCAUUUUAUGCCGUUCAUUUUCGCUUCAGUUUAUUCUUACUACCUUUUUUCUAUCUGAUUUUAUCCGACUGUGCAUCUAGGGACGAGUAUUUCAUCGAUCAGGACAUGAGUUUGUCGAGUGACAUGUCGAGUAGCACUGCUUACUUACCGUAUUUCACCGAAUUUUUACUUUUUUUGGAGUUCUCACCCGUUGUUUUUCUGAUUUUCUGACUGUACAUGCAUGUCGUUUCGAAUCUCUUGGGUGACUUUUCGAACUGAACCCGGUCACAAAAUGUUCAAGAGUCUGGAAGGCUCAGUCAGACGCCAAAUCUUCUCUUGAGCCAUGAAUUUCGAAACUGUUUUAAAGUGCUUCAUUCACUUUCGUGCCUCCGAAAAGCCAGUUAUUCUUUCAGUAUCGGGACAUGUAAUUCUGCCCACGAAUAAUAAUAAUAAUCG